AGGUGCUCUCCGAGACGCCGUGCUCAGGCAGGGGAGUGGAUGGAUACGGCGGCCCUCGGUUGCCUGGCCAUGUAUAGAAGGAACAGGAACAACAUCUUCAUCGACAACCAUCCCGAUUCCCAUGCUGCUGUGAGCGGUGGCGAUGGUGAUGGCUCACAAGACGAUGGUGGCAUUAAGCCCCCCUCAGCUGCUGGUGUUGGCCGCAAGAUGCUCAAGCAGGCCCUGACAACGGAUCCUUGUCUAAGAAGAACCCCCAUCCUGCUGCUGCAGGUGCCAACGCAACACAUGGACAUUCCAAUCCUCCUGUGGCAACAACUGCAACACCCCCCACUAAUAAUGAGAAGAGGAAAAUGCACGAGGACUAUGACGACCGCUGGGCAGCACAGCUAUGCCUGGAAUCCUGUAGCAAUUGAGCUGUACUUGGCAGAGGGAACUCCCCUGCCCUCCAGGGAGGACCUCCUCUCCAGUCUCCAUAUUCAGCAGGUUCAGCUUUGUGAUCGACUCCGAGACCCCCAUCAGCCAAGACAAGCACAAGCGCACUGGGCGCGUGGUGCCACCACCCACCAGGGCUAAGCAAAGGCCGCCUUGAGCUGCGUGGCAACCGGCGCUCCCCCUCAGGCUUUCGGUUCUAACCCAAUCCAUAUGGAUUGAGGGGGUUUCAGUCCCAGUAAGUCAAAAUCCCUUUCAAUCCGUAUCAAUCCCCUCCAAUCCAUAUGGAUUGAAAAUAACCGAACAAACCCUCAUGGAUAUUAGGAAUGAUCUUGGGAAGAUCUUGUCCUUGGGGUCUAAAGCCACAGCGGCGCUGAGCAGGUUAUGCUACUGACCUAUAUGUUCCUUCUAGGCUUCUAGCUGCUGAUCGUCAGUCUUUUGUAACUUCUAGUUUCUCACCUCAUGCAUUGUGUAAAUGGUAGACCUGCAAGCAUCACUGCUCUAUCUAGUGGUACUCUGUAACUGAUUAUGCUUAUAUGUAUCAUUCUGCUCUAUCUAGUGGUACUCUGUAACUGAUUAUGCUAAUACGCAUCAUCCUUCAUCAGGGUAUUGU